AUGGUAGCACCAGAUUGGAAUCAGCCAUUUGAGGUUAUGUGUGAUGCCAGUGACUGCUCAGUAGAGGCGAUUUUAGGACAAAGGCGUGAUAAGAUUUUUUGUGCAAUCCACUACGCAAGCAAAACGCUUAAUGGAGCUCAACUAAAUUACACCACAACAGAGAAGGAAAUUCUAGCAGUAGUGUUUGCAUGUGACAAAUUCAGAUCCUACCUUAUUGGCACCAAAGUGAUAAUUUACACAGACCAUGCUGUAAUCCGUUAUCUCUUUGAAAAGAAGGAUGCCAAGCCACGCCUAAUUCGAUGGAUAUUGCUACUACAGGAAUUUGAUGUAGAGAUUCGGGAUAAGAAAGGCAGUGAGAAUGUUGUUGCAGACCAUCCCUCACGGUUAGAGAAUGAAAAGGUGGUGGAUGACAAUCAAAUUCGAGAAACAUUCCCUGACGAAAUCAUGCUAGCUGUAUCAACAAAGAUCCCAUGGUAUGCUGAUUUUGUUAAUUACUUAGUGCCUGGAAGAUUGCCACCUGACUUGACCUUUCAUCAAAAGAAGAAAUUCCUCCAUGACGUCAAGUCAUAUCUGUGGGAUGAUCCAAUAUUGUUCAAAAGAUGUCAUUUCGGUCCUACGCGUAUUGCUGCAAAGGUAUUGCAAUCCGAUUUCUAUUGGCCGAAUCUGUUCAAAGACUGCUAUGCUUUUGUGAAGAUAUGUGACUGCUGUCAACGUACUGGAAACAUUUCAAGGCAUCAUGAGCUACCAUUAACUAAUAUGCUUGAGGUUGCAGCCAUUGCUACACCAACAAAUGAUGCAAGGGUGGUUUUGAGGUUUCGACAGAAAAAUAUCUUUACUCGUUUUGGCACACCUAGGGCAAUAGUAAGUGAUGAAGGUACACAUUCCUGUAACAAGCUGUCCAAUUCUCUUCUAGUUAAGUAUAAUGUCAAGCACAAGUUGGCACUUGGCUAUCAUCCACAGUCAAAUGAGCAAGCAGAGGUGUCUAACAGAGAGAUUAAACAGAUUUUGGAAAAGACAGUGAUCACCAAUCGAAAGGACCGUCUCUCAAACUAG